ACAACCGCGGGCGAGGCGCCCGAGGGAGAUAUUGCACACACAAACGGGCAGGAUGAGGGGAAUGCUUCAGGUCUUCCCGCUGCGGCCAAAGUUGCUGCCGGCGCUGGCGCCCUAUCGACUCUAAAUGUGUCUGGGUCUACCGGAGAGCGAGGAGCUGGCUUUGCUAUGUAGGGGGCGCUUUUGAGUAAUUCGGUCGAGCGCGCCACAGUUCCAGGUAUUCUUAUGCAUCGCAACCGAAAGCAUGCUAUACAUCAGACCAUUAGAAGCGCUAAGGCUCGGUGUGUGACAGAUUUCCAACGGGCAGCCCCUGCUGUUAGGUAGGCAUGACAGUGUUCUUUGACAAGUUGGUGGUGCGCCACGAUGUAGAUUGAGGAUCACGAGGUCGCAUUUUAUCCCAGGAGCAGGCCCAUACGCUUUUAGAAUGCAUACGGCCUUGGCGCCGGAGGUGUCGCGAUCUUGGCCGCGGCAGCUCGGAAGACGAACAAGACGAAGGCCACGCCAAUACCGGGUCGGGAGAAGCCCUACAACUCUGCUCCAUCCAAAAAACCGGUUGCAGAGCUGAAGGCGAAGGAGAAAGUGUGGUACGACAACGGCGAGCGAGAUGCGGAUGAAGAAAAUGAAUUGGGUGGUGGGGUGCCUGAUCAUCGUGAUCCUGUGUCAAAUAGUGGCCUGCAGUCCACUUUUCCCGACGACGCGCACCCACACGACCAAGGCGGGCCACUAGCAGGCACCAGUGGUGGUGGCGCUGGGCAACUGCAGCAACACUGGCCCAAAGCGGGGGCAGCCGCAGGAGGAAAGCAAAGUGGCGGUCUCGUGAAAGAUUCCAUGAGUGUGCGUGUCACUGUCGAUGCGGACGAAGAAGCGCGGGCCCGCCCGGCGAGGAGACGGAAAAGGGCUGCGUCUUCUGCUUCUUCAGCCUCGGCUUCCGCCCUUCAGCUCAAGGAGAUCAGCGCUACGCCGCCGACCGCUUUCGGAGAGGACUGGCUGGCAGUCGGGCCGCCGGAUGCGAGAAAUACGGGCGAGAAGCAAGCACCUGGCGGCCCUUUGGCGACGGGAGGAGAGCAAGAGCUUCCAGCUGUAGUGUCCGGCGAUGAGGAUAAAAAGGAAGACGCAAAUUCCCAAGCCGACCCUGUUGGCACUACCCUCGAACAAGAAAGUUUUCUACAGGUUGCAGACCACGCCCCGCAGUCGCAGCAAGGUCUUAUCAGCGAAGUGAGCGCGGCCUUGACGACGACGACGACGACGCAGGCAGAGUCGGGCCGCGAGUAUCACCACCAGUCUAGUAGUUCGAAUAAAGUAGCGUUGCGGGGCAGCAAGAAGAUCACCAGGGCUCCGCAGCACCGCCGGAGUGCCGAAAACAUCCCCAGCUCCGACUUCUGGCAGCGAACAUCUGACCAGAGCGCCGCCAGUGCACUUACUGCAGACAACCAUGACGCCUCCGCGGUAAACCCAUUUAGCACCGGCAGGCUGCAGGUGGGCGACGGCGACAUUGAGGUGGUCAUGCUCCUCGGCGCGUUUCUUCUGUUGAUCUUGGCAGCUUUUCUUCUAGCAAGGCCAAGGUGCGGCUUGACGGGUCCGCAAGUACAACCACAAUGGGGACGGCAAGAACAAGCUGAACCGCAGCAGGGCGCCGCUACGUCUUCAAAUUCGGCGCCAACGACCGAAGGAAUAACAACUCGCACAAGUAGGACCACUUUCGCAUGUGCUAGCAGUUCUUUCAAGGGGACGAGGACGAGCAGCAUGUCACAUCAAAAAAUAGCUCCAGCGGAAGAUGAAAAUGACGCGGACCUCCACUCGACGCCACACGUGGCCCUCUCCUGGCCGGUAGGAGACGAGCCAGAAGCUCCAGCAACCGGAGUCGGUGAUGUGUUGCCAGCUGCUCGACCGGAAGACGACAAGCGAGUUCUUUCAGUGAAUCUUUGAAGAGUAGGUGUUGAUGCUUUAUCUACAACUAGGAAACUAAGACCGCCUUCGAAUGCUUCAACUUCUACAUCAAUCAUCUUCAUCUUGUAAUAAAGAAAAUCGACCUUUUCAAGAAGUAGUUAUGUCAAUUUAGCUCAACAAUCGUUCUGUUCAAGUUUCUCCUGUACAAUGGUAUUGCUAUUGAUUCCCGCCCAGAUAUCACCUUCUAUUUUUCUGUACAAAUGAUCCCCCAAGAACAAGACAAGCGACAAAAGCAAGCAUGCAGUCUUGCUCUUUCCUCGAUCAACGUCAAUGUUGUGGUCGUGAUGUAAGAUGAACUAAAUCUAACAAGCGCCUGACGACAUAUCUGGGAUAUGAAAU